GCAUCUGUCCCGGUUGGCGCGCGCACGAACUGAUCGUCGGUCGAAGAAGAUUGCACGUUUUGGGGGUUUGAAACUUUGGACGGCGGUUGCGUGACACACGUGUGAAAAGUGAGGUGUGCCUGUGAAGCUCAUCGAGAGGCGAAAACAGUUUAGCUUAUCAAUUCAACCCAACCUCUGCCCAAGGAUGGUGAAACUUCUGCAGCUCCCGCGGAUUCGCAUCUCUCCGCUGGUGGUGCUUCUGGUUUGCAUAGCCGGUAUCUCUCUUACUCUCGCCCUGGUAGAGGCACUUCACGCGCGUUCCGUCUCGGACCGGAAGAAGGACUACGGCGGUGGCGAUUACGACUUUGACGGGGCCAGCGCCGGCCAGCUGUACCAAACCAAGUCCGGGUACAGUGCCGGCAGCGGGUUGCGGUCGAUUGCGCAGGGCUCGGCGGAUCAGGCGAAUACGGCGGUGGCCAACCAGGUUGCGGCGGCCAAACAGGCUGCGUACGUAGCGCAAAGCACUUUGGCCCAGGCUGCGUCCCAAGCGGCGGCAACGGCCCAGGCGGCGCUGGCCGGUAAGCAGGUGCUGCUGCAGGGGCUGGAACAGCAAAGCGUCGAUGCGCAUCAGGCGCUGGAGAGCGAAAUUCAGCAGCUGCACCAGGCCAAGAAGGCGGCCAAGGCGGCGCAGCACUCGGCCCAGCAGGCGUUGAACCACGUGCAGGUGCUGACGUCGGCGCUAAACAAUGCGCAGGUCGCGUCGGAGCACGCUCAACAAGCCGCUGCUGAGGCCGCCGCCGAGUUGGCCUCCCAGAGCCAGAUGGUGGGUACGGCAAAAGCUCGCGUCGAAUCCGUCGAGGAGCAGCUAAAGUCCGCCCGGGUGGACUACGAUGCCACACAAGAGGCGGCCCACAAGGCGGCGUACUCUGCCCAGGAAGCGGCCAAGAACGCUGCCGAGGCUGCGGCCCACGCGGCCGGCCCGCACCAGAUCCAGCACGACCCGCACGGUUUGUCGCAGUUCCAGUCCAAGAUUUCCAAGCAGCAGCAACAACAGCAGCAGCAGCAGCAACAGUACCAGCAGGACGAUGACAUCAACAGUGGAGAAAUUGAAGUCUCGUCGAAUCACUUUGGGUAGGGGGAGAGAGUGAGAGUGCCAUUACGCGGAGGAAACGGAAAGAUCCGAAUCGACAUCUAUGUUUUAAUAGAAUGCUUUGUUGUACGCAAGACUGCGCUGCCUGAAUGCUGCACUAUUUGUACCUCAGUUUAGCUCUAAAGUUAGCUUGUAAAAAAUGAUACUAGAAUAUAUUUUUCAAAUGC